UUUGACUCAACGGAGACAGUUUUCAUCAUAAGGAUUUUAUCUUGUGUCGUCAAUUGUUUAUUUUCUCUGAUGUCAAGUUUGGGAAACCUUCUUAUUUUAAUCGUGAUUAGAAAAACCCAAGAUCUUCAUUUGCCGUCUUUCGUUCUUGUGGGUAGUUUGGCAGCCUCAGAUCUCCUUGUUGGCUUGAUAUGUCAACCUUUGCUAGUUGCACUGAACAUAGCCGAACUUAAAAAGAAUUUCAACGUCUUCUGCUAUUGUAGAAUGCUUCUAUUUGUAACAGGCUGGACGACAGGUGGCGUUUCUCUUUUGAUCUUAACUGCAAUUUCCGUGGACCGUCUUCUUGCGUUAACUCUCCAUUUGCAAUACAACACGACUGUCACAGUUGCUCGCGUAUUCCAAACCACUUUUGUUUUCUGGAGCUUUUGCGUUUUUAUUAAUGUUACAAGGUUUUGGAUGACAACCAAGUGGUAUUUCAUCCCAUUGGCUGUUUUCCUUCUUUCUUUUGUCGUCAUAACCGUCUGUACGUUAAAUAUAUUUAAAAUUGUUCGAAGGCACCAACGCCAGAUAAACUGUCAAACUUUGGCUGUCAUCCGCCUUCAAACCAACACAGUGAACAUACUCAAAUGCAGAAAAUCUGCUGUGACAGUACUUUAUAUUUACGCUUUGUUUUUAAUUGUCUACCUUCCCUUCAUUACAUUGACGGUUAUGGAAUUGCUGAUCGGAAUGACCAGAGCAUUAGCAACUGCUUCAAUCUAUGCUGCUACUGUCGUUUUUAUAAACUCUUUUCUUAAUCCGUUUGUGUAUUGCUGGAGAAGUAGAGAAAUACGAAGAGCUGUAAAAAAUAUCCUGAAAAGACAGAUGGCACAAAAAUGAUGGCCAUCACAGCUAAUCACAAAAUGUCCUCAUAAUUUACCUCUAAUACGUUCAAAAUAUGUAGUAACACGAAAAUGACAAACAUCCCUUGCAAAUAUAAAGUACUUUUAAAGCAAUACUUAUUCUCAGUCCUGGACAUAAGUGAAAAUUAAUAGCUCAGCAUUAGGCCACCUGCGUUACUUAAUUUUUUUCUUUUUAGCCAACAAGACCGCACUUUACAACAGAAGACUUAAAAAUAUUCCUUAUUAGUGUAUGAAGCAGUAAAUAAUCUAAAACCAGUUGCAAAAAUAGGGAGCUUAGGCAACAACGACGGCGACUUCUACGAAAACGUCACUUAAAAAUUAUUGCGUUCGCGCUGCUUCAAACUUACCGCGCUUAUUCCAUGUUGUUCAUUUUGUCAAAUCUUAGCGAAUUUUUGAGGAGUUGAAUUCUAAAGGACUCCAUCAAUAAUCAGAAAAAGAGAAAAAGGGUCGUUGUCCUUUGUUCACGUCCUCCACAAAACGUGAAAUUUGUCAGUUUCACGUCGUAGUCGUGCAACGACGGCGUAGAAAUGUACAAAAAAUUGUGAUGCGCGUGCAAAGUUGUUGUUUUGCUAAUCAAACCUAUUGCUUUUUUGCCCUUCUCGUUGCCGUCGCCGUCGUCGUUGCUUCAGAGUUAUUUAAGUAUACCUAAAUGACAAGAGUAAGCUAAGUAUAAGUAAUAAGGUUAAUAGGUAUAAUUAUCAAUCAACAAUAUCAAAUUAAUUUAGGGUAUCUAAUUAUUGAUUCAAAUUAAUAGUUGAAGAAAAAGAAAAUUCUAGUUAAUAGUCUAAAAAUUAAGUAGGAAAAGAGCCUGAAAAAUCACACACACACACACACACACACAAAAGGAAAACUAGGCUAUACGAGAAAUUAUUAAUCAACAGUAUGGAAAUAGUUAGGACAGAUUAGCUUGUUGAACUAAAAAAUCUAUGGAAGUUCUUUCUAAAGAUGUGUUUUGAAGAUUCGUCUUUGAGUUCAGAGGGAAGGGUAUUCCAAACAUUUGUGCCUUGAUAUGUUAUGGUAAAUUUCCAAAUUAUGAACGGGAUGUGCGAUUUAGCGAGUUUACGAUGCAGGAUUCGGGAUUCUACCCUAUCACGUGGCAAUUUUGACCACACCCCGACCAUUUUUAUUCCUCUAUGUACCACUGGUUCUCUGGAGAUAAAGGAAUCUGGAAUCUCUACAACGCACCUUUUAGAACGUACGUUUGGAAUCGGAAUACGUAAAUAAUAACCUUAACAUGGUACUGGCGUUAAACUAAACUCAAAAAUAACAAAAUUAAUUCGUUGGCUUAUUGACUUGUUCAGCAACAUGCGUUUAUCAGCUGCUUCAAAUAAUUUGAAUUUUCAUAUUUUCGAUAGUACCAUUUCAUAUACUGUUUAAAAAACGAGCAGGAGUAUAUUAUCGGGUUUAAAGGCGAAGCCGAGAGUUUUCACACCUGUUAAAACAUUACUGCGAGGUUUUUGAACGGCUUCAAAAUAUCUGAUAUAGAUGACUCAUUUAUUUACAUGUGAGGUUAUAUUGGUCUGAAAAAUUGGACGUAAAGUUUAGGCGGGUCUUUACAAGAUACAAAGGCACUUAUUAAACUCUAAUUUCUUUUGUUUUCGUUAUUAAUUAUUCAUGAGUUUUUGAAUUUCUGACAAUGGUUUAUCAAAAAUUAAGUGAUUCUUAUUACUAAGUUUGGAGAUACUUGAAUCUGAAUUUUCUUUAUACUAACACUGAGCGUUUUUUAGCGUUGUAUUUUCUUACAGGGAAGUAAAAUGAUCUACAUCAAUUAGGCUUUAAUAGUCUGUCAACCAAUUGAUUGGUUAGUAUUAACGGAAGCGCUUAAUUUUUUUUGGUAUUUGCUGUAAAUUGCUUCCUCUAAAACUGAGCCGCACUUUCACGCGCUGCAUACAGCAUCUGGUUAUCAUGAAUACGUGAUGUCACCAAUUUGCUUCUAUAUAUUCUUUCAAAAAUUGAACGCUUCUCGUUAGUAAGUUUGGAAACAAUUGAGUCUGAAUUUUAUUUAUGCUCGCUUUCGAUUACUUCAUUUAAAAUCUUCAGCUCGUUUUUACUUCCUGUACCAAGAAACAAGUCAGGAGACGACGUUGCCGACAACUUCAUCCUGUGUUUGGAAAACACACCUUCUUUAUCAUGAACAGAACAUACAGUAACUGCUUUUUCUUUGAAGACAACCUUUUGCACUUUGACUCAAGGGAGACAGUUUUCAUCACAAGGAUUUUAUCUUGUGUCGUCAAUUGUUUAUUUUCUCUGAUGUCAAGUUUGGGAAACCUUCUUAUUUUAGUCGUAAUUAGAAAAACCCAAGAUCUCCAUUUGCCAUCUUUCGUUCUUGUGGGUAGUUUGGCAGCCUCAGAUCUCCUUGUUGGCUUGCUAUGUCAACCUUUGCUAGUUGCAAAGUACAUAGCCGAACUGAAAAAGAAUUUCAACGUCUCCUGCUAUUGUAGAAUGCUUUUGUUUAUAACAGGCUGGACGACAGCUGGCGUUUCUCUUUUGAUCUUAACUGCAAUUUCCGUGGACCGUCUUCUUGCGUUAACUCUUCAUUUGAAAUACAACACGACUGUCACAGUUGCUCGCGUAUUCCAAACCACUUUUAUUUUCUGGAGCUUUUGCGUUUUUAUUAAUGUUACAAGGUUUUGGAUGACAACCAAGUGGUAUUUCAUCCCAUUGGCUGUUUUCCGUCUUUCUUUUGUCGUCGUAACCGUCUGUACGUUAAAUAUUUUUAAAAUUGUUCGAAGGCACCAACGCCAGAUAAACAGUCAA